ACAAUUGCGGUCGCGCUACGAAUAAGAACACCACCUGAGAGAAUUCGGCUGUCAAACUCUUCCACGUGACCUAAGUACGUUCGCGCUCUGCAAACCACUCCCUCCAAGUCUCCGACUCGUUCGCUUCGACGACCAUGGCAUCCACGCUGCAGGUGCCCGUUCGAGGAAAGGCAGGCAAUGCUCCUGUCACCAAGGCAGUAAUUCUGGUUGGUGGGCCUUCACGAGGUACCAGAUUCAGACCGCUCUCGCUGGACUUGCCCAAGCCUCUCUUCGAAGUCGCCGGCCACCCGAUCAUCUCGCAUUGCUUUGCAGCCAUUACUCGAGUGCCUGAAAUCCGCGAGGUCUUCAUCGUCGGAUACUAUGACGACUCGGUUUUCCGCGACUUCAUAAAAGACAGUUCGCGCACACAUCCACAGAUCAAGAUCCAGUACUUGCGCGAAUACCAGGCACUGGGCACUGCGGGCGGUCUCUACCACUUCCGCGAUGCAAUUCUUAAGGGCAGACCAGAUCGCUUUUUCGUCCUCAAUGCCGACAUUUGCUGCUCGUUCCCACUGGAACAAAUGUUGAGGCUGUUUGAAGAGAAGGACGCCGAGGCCGUGAUUCUGGGAACACGAGUGCCCAAUGACGCAGCAGCCAACUUCGGAUGCAUAGUCAGCGAUGCACACAGCAAGAGAGUGCUGCACUAUGUCGAGAAGCCGGAGUCACACAUCAGCAACUUGAUCAACUGUGGUGUGUAUCUCUUCUCCACAGAAGCAAUCUUCCCUAGCAUCAAGACUGCCAUCAAGCGCCGGACAGACCGACCGCGCCUGGUAUCAUAUCCUUCUUCGGACGCACUGGAUGCUCAGUACAUUCCAAACCCAGCCGAUGAUGAUGACAAAGAGAACCAGGUCAUUCGGCUCGAGCAGGACAUUCUUUCAGAUCUUGCCGACAGCAGACAAUUCUACGUUUUGGAGACCAAGGACUUCUGGCGUCAGAUCAAGACUGCUGGCUCUGCUGUACCAGCCAACGCCUUGUAUCUGAUGAAAGCAUUUCAGCAACAAUCAGAGGAGCUCGCCAAGCCCUCGGCGAACAUCCUUCCGCCUGUCUUCAUCCACCCAACGGCACAGGUAGACCCAACCGCGAAACUCGGUCCAAACGUAUCCAUUGGCGCCAAUGCUGUCGUUGGCGCCGGAGCCAGAAUCAAGGAGGCCAUCGUUCUGGAAGGUGCCGAGAUCCGGCACGAUGCUUGCGUUCUGUAUGCCAUCAUUGGCUGGAGUAGUAGAGUGGGUGCGUGGGCGCGUGUCGAAGGCACUCCAACACCUGUGCGAGAGCACAGUACAUCAAUCGUCAAGAACGGAGUCAAGGUGCAAAGCAUUACUAUCCUUGGAAAGGAAUGUGCCGUUGGUGACGAGGUCCGCGUGCAGAACUGUGUGUGCUUGCCAUACAAGGAGCUCAAGCGCGAUGUUGCCAACGAGGUCAUCAUGUGAGCGUUCAGCGUAAGAUUGGGAAGGGUAAUGUCAUGGAACAAAAGCAGAGUGCAAGCUUAGAGCGACCAAGAACGCCACAUAGACUUCAGAUGCAUAUUGGGAUAGAGAGCGAGAAAAUACCUUGCGUGUCAAGGCCG